UUAUUGUUUUUCGGGGUAUUCCCUGCCUGCUCUGACAUUGGGUAUAAAAGAAGGCUAGCCAGAGAAUGUGAGUCAGUAUAAAAACAUACGCGGUAGAGAUGACAUCGAUUUCUCACGUAGCGAAUUUCGGGGUGCGAUUUUGCAAUGAACUGGACAACAACAGAAACUACAUCUGCUCUCCUCUGUCAGUGGAGACGGUGUUGGCACUAGUGGCCCUCGGCAGCAGCAAUGAGUCUCGCGCAGAAAUAUUCAAGGCGCUCGAAAUCCCUAAUGAAGACGAUCUCUUUUCCACAUUCAUAUCCCUGACAACAACUCUAGCGUCGAAGCCUUCAAAACAUGAAAGAUCCAACGAUGUUACGUUAAAAAUCGCCAACAAGAUCUACGUGAAACAGGGGGCAGCCCUCAAGGCGACCCUUAAGAAGGAUGCUGAAAAAGUAUUCCACGCCAGUUUGGAACAAAUCGAUUUUACGAAAAGUAAUAAUGCUGCGAAUUCCAUUAAUAAAUGGGUAAAAAAUCAAACCAACAAUACUAUUAAAGACAUUGUUUCUGCCGACAUGCUGAAUGAAGACACACGACUUGUACUCAUCAACGCCAUCUACUUCCACGCUUUCUGGGAGUAUGAAUUUGACGCCGACGAUACAUACACCAGAGUAUUUCAUGUCAAUAAAUCCAAGAAAAUAAAUAUUAAACACAUGAGUUUAAAGGGAAAACCUUUUAAUUACAAGCACAGUCCGGAAUUAAAGGCAAAAAUAUUGCAGAUGUUCUACUUUGGGGGUAAAGCUAGUAUGGUGAUAGUUCUGCCAGAUGAAAUCGAGGGUCUGAGUGAUGUGAUGAAACAACUGGUAACCGGGUAUGAUUUGAUGGCAGAGAUCAAAAGUCUAAAAAAAAAAGAACUUCAAGUAAUCAUGCCUAAGUUUAAAGUUGAAUCUGAAAUCAAUCUGAAGGAACUGUUACCUAAGAUGGGAAUUAAGACAAUUUUUGAUCCAAAAAAGUCUGAUGUCAACAUGUUGUCAAGCAACGAUCGACAAUUUGUAUCCGAAGCCAUUCAGAAAGCCUUCAUAGCGGUGGAUGAACUGGGCACGGAAGCGGCAGCAGCCACUUCUAUGGGGUGGCGUGACAUUUGUGCCCCGUAUUGGACGGACGAGUUCAUCGCAGACCGCCCCUUCCUUUAUCUACUCAUGGCUCACGAGAUCCCUGUAUUUUAUGGAGCUUUCCAUGGCAACGAAAAUUCAUAA